GCUGGGCCGUGGGGCAUGGAAGCACUGUUCAACUUCAAGCAGUCUGUUUGCACGGAAUUUUUACAAUGGGAAAUCAUUCUUUUGAAUGUUCCUGUGGCAAGAAAGAAAAUGGGACGAAGCAGAAGUAGAGAGCGGGAACGCCGCAGGUCGAGGUCAAGGGAGCGAGAAAGACGGCAUCGAGACCGUAGUCGGAGCAGGUCACCACAUCGUAGCCGCAGGUCCCGCUCCAGAGAAAGGGAUCGGGAGAGAAGACGUGAGCGUGGCGGUGAACGCGAUCGUGACCGCCGCUCUACCUCACCCAGUCAUCGACGCCAUCGUCGUGGCAGGUCCCAAUCCCCAUCAUCUCGGCAUGGCAAGGACAGAGAUAGACGGAAAGACGAGCAGGUCGCCAAACCAGCAGGUCCCGUAGGUGCUGCAGCAGCUGCUUGUGAGGACCCUACAGUGGAUGCCGAAGCAGAGAUGAUGAAAGUCAUGGGCUUUUCCAACUUCGAUACGACCAAGGGCAAGUCAGUGCAGGGUACCGACGUCAGUGCUGCUCUGAUCCGUAAGGAACGCCGGUACAGGCAAUACAUGAAUCGGCGAGGAGGAUUCAACCGACCACUUGACUUCAUCCAGUAGUGGCACCACCAUUACCACCACUAUCUGCUGUAUAUGUUUUUGAGUUUUCCCCGUGUGUUUGCCACAUGUUAACUGACUGGUACUAUAUCCACUCACCGACUGCCACUUUCGACCGAGAGAAAAUGUUUUAUAUUUCAACAGCGUGAAGCGCAGCCACAUGAAAUCCAUGCAAAAACCAUGCAUAUCAUUGUUUAUGAAAAUCAUCCAUCAUCCAUCAUGUACACAUACAUAGAAUAAGAGGAAAAAAAGCAGAGCCAGGCUGAUUGUAUUCUUCUAACUACUCUGCCAGCAUGGUAGUUAGCGUUUGUCUUUGGUACUGUUUGGUAUGUAUUGCACUGAACAGAGCAUUUUUGAUCGUGAUGUAGCAUUAUUAUAACUCGUAGUAGAACGAGAUGUCAUGUGCCUAGUAAAUGUCGUAGCAUUCAAAACGUAUGUGCGUGAAAAAAUAGCCAAAAAUCAA